GAGGUUGAGCAGCUAUGCGUGAGUCAGUUCAUUCCAUCUUUGUGAACGGCUAAUUUCCAGACCUGUGUGAGAAACUAGAGGGGUGACUACCAGCCGGCGUGGUUGAUCCGUUUUUCUAAAUUAAGUGGUGAGGCGAGAAGGAUACUAUCAGCAUAUUUUCUAACAACCGCUGUCUACACGCCCGUGAUGGCGUCGAUGGAGGUGGACACGAUGGACGAAGAGGUGGCGGCCGGCUCGUCCAAGGGCGACAAGAAGCGCUUCGAGGUGAAGAAGUGGAACGCCGUCGCGCUGUGGGCCUGGGACAUCGUGGUCGACAACUGCGCCAUCUGCCGCAACCACAUCAUGGACCACUGCAUCGAGUGCCAGGCCAACCAAGCCUCGGCCACCAGCGAGGAGUGCACGGUGGCGUGGGGCGUGUGCAACCACGCCUUCCACUUCCACUGCAUCUCGCGCUGGCUCAAGACGCGCCAGGUGUGCCCGCUCGACAACAGGGAGUGGGAGUUCCAGAAGUACGGCCACUAGGCGGCGCGCGGCUCGCGCCGGCAGGGGCCGCGGCGGCCGCGGUGGCCGCGCUCUCCGGCGUGCCGCGGUCGCCAGGCGGCUCCGAGUCGGACGCGCUCGACGACGGCUCGAAGUCGGACGCGGUCGGCUCGGACAUGUGCCCGCUGACAUGGACUUAACCGCGGAUGGACGGCCCGGCGCGGGCGCGGGGAAUCGCGUGUGGUUUGCUAUUGGGCCGCCGAGUGUGGUGUAGUGCCGAUGCGAGGAAAAGGUCGCGAGCGUCGCAUUUUGUUCAGUUUUCCCGCCGGACCUUUGACAGGAAUUGCGUACUCUGGAUCGUGAGCGUUUCCUCAGUUUCCGCGGAGUCCCGGACGAAACCUCAAAUCAUCAUUGUUUUAAUGUUUGCCAUCACGAAUGUUCCUGUGCGUUGCUAGUUGCUACAUGUAAUUAAUAAAGCUGUGAAAUUGUA